CAGGCAGAUUGCUCCGCCCUUGUGAACCAAGAUUUUGUUAUCGCGAGAUCCCAAUGACAGUUCAGGAGCCUGAUCUCGCGGGAUUUUCCGAUUUAGGGUUGGAAAUUGCUGGGGAAAGUAGAGACAGGGAGGGCCAACUGUGAGAGGGAGGGUGAGGGGUCCACUUGCUGGCUUGCAGUUCCCCCCUCCCCCACUGGCCGAAUUCGAGACGACUAGGUGAGCGCCGCCUUGCCAGCCAACACAGCGCCCUCCGGCUCUGCCGCUGCCUCGGACGCCGCCAUCCCUUCUCUCUAGGGCCCCACCUGUGCUCCCUUUUGUCCCGCGGCGUCGCACUUCACGGGGGCGAUGUACGGAGGGCUGCAGGAAGUGGUCUUCCCGCCUGCCGCCUCCUCGGGGUCCUCGGCCUCCUGUUGGGUGUUCUACGCAACCAGGCCGCCCAGCCCCUCCCCUUGGCCAGAUGGAUGCCUCUGCCCCCAAGCCUCGCGCGGAAGCCGCCGGCAAAGACAUAUGGCAUCCAGGAGAAAGAUGUCUUGCCCCUUCUCCAGAUAAUGAGACACUUUGUGAAGCAAGCAUAAAAUCUGUCACAGUGGAUGAAAAUGGGAAAUCAUUUGCAAUCAUCUUAUAUUCAGAUUUUCAAGAAAGGAAAAUACCUCUUAAAAGAAUUCAUGAAGUUAAAUCUGUUAAAGAUUGCUCCAGGAAUUUUAUAUUUGAUGAUGAAGAUUUGGAAAAACCUUAUUUCCCAGACCGAAAAUUUCCAUCAUCUGCCGUUGCUUUUCCAUUAUCUGAAGACGGAGACUCUAUUCCUUAUACUAUUAACAGGUAUUUGAGAGACUACCAAAGGGAAGGAGCCCAGUUUCUCUAUGCACACUUCAUCCAAGGAAAAGGAUGUAUUCUUGGUGAUGACAUGGGACUUGGGAAAACAGUACAGGUUAUUUCAUUUUUGGCUGCAGUUUUGCAUAAAAAGGGAACUCGUGAGGAUAUUGAAAACAACAUGCCAGAGUUUUUACUAAGAAGUAUGAAAAAGGAAACCCCUUCUAUAGCAAAAAAGAUGUUCUUAAUAGUUGCUCCUCUUUCUGUACUCUACAACUGGAGAGAUGAAUUGGACACCUGGGGAUAUUUCAGAGUUACUGUUUUACAUGGUAACAAAAAAGACUAUGAACUGAUUCGUGUAAAGCAGAGGAAAUGUGAAAUUGCUCUAACAACUUAUGAAACACUGCGCUUAUGUCUGGAUGAACUGAACAGUUUGGAAUGGUCAGCUGUCAUUGUGGAUGAAGCUCAUAGAAUUAAGAAUCCAAAGGCUAGAGUAACAGAAGUUAUGAAAGCUUUAAAAUGUAAUGUCCGCAUUGGCCUCACUGGAACCAUUCUUCAGAACAACAUGAAAGAACUGUGGUGUGUUAUGGACUGGGCUGUGCCAGGACUUUUAGGUAGUAGGAUCUACUUCAAGAAGCAGUUUUCUGACCCAGUAGAACAUGGUCAGAGACACACAGCAACAAAAAGAGAACUAGCUACUGGCCGAAAGGCCAUGCAAAGGCUUGCAAAGAAGAUGUCUGGCUGGUUUCUCCGGCGUACCAAGACUCUGAUCAAGGAUCAGUUGCCUAAGAAGGAAGACCGGAUGGUGUAUUGUUCUCUGACAGAUUUUCAGAAAGCUGUCUAUCAAACAGUAUUAGAAACAAAAGAUGUGACUUUGAUACUUCAGUCUUCUGAGCCUUGUAGCUGUAACAGUGGCCGGAAAAAGAGAAAUUGUUGUUUCAAGACCAAUUCACAUGGCGAAACAGUGAAAACCUUGUAUUUCAGUUACCUUGCAGUCCUUCAAAAGGUAGCUAACCAUGUUGCACUACUGCAGACUGCUAGCACCUCCAAACAACAGGAAACACUUAUCAAAAGGAUAUGUGAUCAGGUAUUUUCCAAAUUCCCAGAUUUUGUGCAGAAAAGCAAAGAUGCAGCCUUUGAAACACUCUCUGACCCAAAAUACAGUGGUAAGAUGAAGGUCCUUCAGCAGCUUUUAAAUCAUUGUAGGAAAAACAAAGAUAAAAUACUUCUUUUCUCCUUUUCCACCAAGUUACUUGAUGUUCUGCAGCAAUACUGUAUGGCAGCUGGCCUUGAUUACCGACGACUUGAUGGAAGUACGAAAUCAGAGGAAAGAAUCAAGAUUGUGAAAGAGUUCAACAGUACACAAGAUGUUAACAUUUGCCUUGUCUCCACAAUGGCUGGUGGACUAGGCCUCAAUUUUGUUGGUGCCAAUGUUGUUGUAUUGUUUGAUCCUACUUGGAAUCCAGCCAAUGAUCUUCAAGCAAUUGACAGAGCAUAUAGGAUUGGGCAAUGCAGGGAUGUGAAAGUGUUUAGGCUGAUAUCUUUGGGAACUGUGGAGGAGAUCAUGUACUUACGACAGGUAUACAAGCAGCAACUUCACUGUGUGGUGGUUGGAAGUGAAAAUGCCAAGCGAUAUUUUGAAGCAGUUCAAGGAUCAAAAGAACAUCGAGGAGAGCUUUUUGGGGUUUAUAAUCUGUUCAAACUAAGGUCCCAAGCAUCUUGUCUUACAAGGGACAUCCUGGAGAGAGAAGGCAAAGUGGAAGCAGGUAUCAUGACAGCCACAACAUGGUUGGAAGAGGAGCCUCCAGUACACAAACAAGAAACGCCUAGAGACCCUGACUGUCAAGAACACAGAGGUCUGGAGCAGCCUGCAGAGUUGCCGACAGAAGAAGCAUGUAAUCUCUGCAGUGAUUUUAGUGAUGAUGAAUCAGUAGGAAGCUCAAGAAUAAAGACUGCUAAAAAGAAAGCCUCUGACUCAAGCAAAGCUUCAGGUCCUCCUGGACAGCUUACCUUACUCCAGUGUGGUUUCUCUAAAUUGUUUGAAACAAAAUGUAAUACAGUUGAGGAAAGUGAUGGAAAUAUUGCCUCUGAUGAUGAAAGUCCUGAUGAACAGCCCAUACGUCUUUCAACAGAAGCCAAAGACGUUAGUUAUCAGAAAAGUCGUGACUCUCUUGGUACUUCAAAACAUCAGAGGUUAGCUAACGUCCUAAAUCCAAAUGAAAAAUAUGUCUUUGAUAAAAGUCAGAACAUUUUAGAACAAAAUAUUUCUUCUGAGUCUGAUGAUGGCAACAAUUUAAAAAAUACAGCUGACCACCAUCACAUUUUACAGAACGUCACAGAAUCAGAAGAUAGUGAUGUCAUCUUUCCCACACAGUAUACAACUCAGAGAUGCCCCAAGAAUGGUGUAAAGUUUAAGCCACUCGUGGAUGGAUCUGACGGUUCUGAAACAGAACAUCCUGUUGAAAUAAGAAAUAAUGGGGAUGAUAGAAAGACUGAUGUCAAAGGAAAUAGCCUAAUUUCAAAACAAUUAAGCCUUGAGAAUGUGACCCUGAAAUCUAUUAUGAGAAGAAAAGGCAGUAGUGAUAUUAGUGACGAGUCUGAUGACAUUGAAAUUUUCUCUGAGUCAAGAGCAAGAAAGCAAAGACCUACUAGUUCUUUGAGGUUUAAGAGAAAAAAGGAAGAUAAAAAGGAGCUUCACACUUGUCCUAAAACCAUGAAGAAAACAAAUCAACUGUAUGCAGCAGAUGGGGAUUGUAGCUCUCAGGCUAUCGAUGAUUUUUCAUCCUCAGAUGAUGAUUUAACUGUUUGCCACAUCAGUUUCUCUAAACAGAGCCAUACACGAAAAACUCUAAAAGAUAGGGUCGGUUUCUCUUCAAAAUUACCUAGCCAUAAGAAAAAUAGCACUUUUAUGCCAAAACAAUCAAUGCAAUUUUCAAAUGAGAGAGUUGUCAAUCAAGAGCAAAUGUAUGAAUCAAUGGAUAAAUUUUUAGAUGGCGUUCAGGAAGUGGCUUAUAUUCACUCAAACCAGAAUGUGAUUGGAUCAAGCAAAGCUGAAAAUCACAUGAGCCGAUGGGCAGCACGUGAUGUCUUUGAAUUGAAGCAGUUUUCCCAGCUUCCUGCUAACAUAGCCGUUUGCACUUCUAAGACACAUAAAGAAAAAAUGAAGAAAGAUAUAUUGACACUUUCAAAGAAAGACCAACAACUAAGUGAAGGAAGCAUUUCAUUUCCCCUUUACAUUUCACACCCUGUAAGCCAAAAGAAGAAAAAAGUCUACCGCACAGACCAGACCACCUUUAUAAUUGGAGAAACACCAAAAGGGAUCCGCAGUGACUUAUGAGUGUCUACUUUAGUUUAUUAAAUUUUCCUUACAAAGUGGCUAGUUUAUACCUCCUGAGUGUACCUUCCUUAAAUACUUAGAGAAAAUUCUUUUAAAGACCAAGAAUUAUGAAAGCAAGUUAGAAGGCAAAAAUAAAAUGAAUUAUAAUCAAUCAUAUUCAUCCUGUAAAGGACAACCUCCCAGCCUAAUUUACUUGCAUACUACUGGUAUAACAUGGGGUCAGAAGCUCUCCUCCCAAAAGGGACAGAAUUGUAAGAUUCUGAGUGAGGUCAGCACAGCAAAGGUGAAGUAUUCUGGCAGCUUCUGAGACACCACCAAGUCUUGGAUAAAUAAGACAUCAGCCUGUAACUUUGCCAAUAACUUAAUCUUCGCAGCACAAAUAUUUAUUAGAAAGGCCAUGAAAAUGGAUUUGGAGAUGAUUAAUAAACAAAAUAAUACCUCAUUAUUUCAUAUGAAGUAAAAACUGGAACCUUUUAAGAACGUGCUUGUUGCUUUCCAACAAGAACAUUGGCAAUUUCCAGGACAGAAAUUUGGAAGCUUGUAUUUGUGUUAUUAAAUAUUCUCUUGGCAGCAAGAGUGGCUGUUGCUCAGGCAUAGAUAAUAUCUGGACUUGGAACAGUGAAGAGGACCAGUGCAGUGAAGAGGACUAGAAGGCAGGGUGCUCAUCUAAAGCCACAAAAGUCAUGAGCAUGCACGAUGGAUGCCACUAAAAUCACAGGAAACACAAACUUGACAUAACCUGGCCUGAGCAGCAAAAUAAUAAUGGCUUUAAAGCUCCAAAUUACAUACAUUACAAAUAAAUCAUUAUUUUACCCUCAGGAUUCUCUGUUGUGUGUGCAGGAUAAAAUUCAAACUUUUGAAAUUGACAUACGGACCCUUCAUGAUAGUCAGCCUCUUCCUUGGCAAUUUCUCCUGCCCCUCUGUGUACCAGGUUCUCUCUGAAGUGGGCCUGUGCAUGUUCCCUGUUCCCUGGCCGGUUUCCUCACUUACCCUUGCCUGACUGGUGACACCAGAGAAGCCUUCCCUGCUACCUUACCCAUGAUCCAUCACUGGCUCAGGUACCCCUUCUGUGGGAACCCACAGGACCCUGUAUUUACAUCUGUAGUGGGAUUUAUCACUCUCUUCUGGUUUGGUUUUCAUGUGUCUGUCUCCUCCAGCUUGACUAUAAACUCCUUGAAGAAUAUGGUGAUCGGCUGGUCACUGCUGUAUAGCUCUAUGGUGCCUAGCACAUAGAGGGUCUAUAAAUGUUUGUUGAAUGUAUAAAUGAAUGUUUUAAGGAACUAUAUCAAAUAUAAACAUAAUUCUAAAACUUUGGGACUUUUAAUCAUGUGUUACAACACCAUCUGGCUUUUUUUAAAAGAAUGUUUACAAACACAGAGCUCUCCUGAUUCAUGGCCCAACUCAGCAUCAGCAAAGCAAUACCCUCUGUCUUUGUCUGCUCCAUCUGCCAUAGCAAAAUACUAUAGACUGGGGCUUAAACAAUAGAAAGUUAUUUCUCACAGUUCUAGAGCCUGCGAGGUUGAAGAUCAGGGUGCCAGCUGAUUUGGCUCCUGGUGAGGGCUCUCCUGACUUGCAGAUGGUGACCUCAUCGUGUCCUCUCUUGGCCGAGAAAGAUAUUUCUGAUGGCUUCUUAUGACCUCAUUUACCCUUAAUUACCUUCUAAAGGCCCUAUCUCCAUAUACUCUGACUGCGGUUUAGGGCUUUGAAGCCCAUAAUGAAUUUGAGGGUGUUGCAGUUCAGUCCAUAGCACCCUCACCUGGGGAAAGGAGCACAGUCUGGUGUCCAGGGUUGUGAAACAAUCUUUCUGCCUCUGUCUUACCAGGGUUCUGGAAGGUCCAUUUUCUCACACAUGCAUACAACAGCUUUUGUUAGUAUCUUAUACUAAGAGUAAAACUCACUCCUUUAAAUGACAUCUCAUUUCUUAGUUUAGCUGUCUAUACUCAAGGCAGGCCAGUUGGGGGAAGAAAGAAUCUAGGUUUAUCAGUUUAGAAUUUUCCUUUAGGACCAUCAAAAAGUUGUAUGAAAUUUCUUUGUUGUAUUUGUGGAAGAAGGGAAAAAAGGAGAGAAGAAAAAAUCCCUUUAUUUUUCAGAAUUUUCUCUUUUCAUUAAGACCUUUUUUUGACAAUUUUAUUUCAUAGGACUUGAAUGCAAUAUAGAUUUUCAGACAGAUUAUAUAAAUUAUGAUUCUCAUGUCAGCCGUAAGUUGGCUGACUGGAGGAGCAGCAUGCUGGGAUCCCAUCAUUCCCAGGAAAUGCCUAAUAGUAUAAAUCAAAAUAACUUCAAAAGCUGGUGAUUUCAUGAACUAGAUUUUUUUUUCACUAGCAUAAGGAAAGAGGUCACAUUCUGCUAGUGUAAAAUGCAUUUUCAUUAUGGAAUUAAGUUAAUAUAUACUAAAUCAAUAAGAUUACAGUUG